AUGAGCGGAUCAGACGGUAAAAAGGGAUCUUCCUCCGGCGUGAUGGACUGGAUCGGUUCAGCUUGUCGAUUCGCGACAGACAGAAACGACUUCAGAAGGUGAGUUAUUGUGGAUAAAGUGAUAAACUGGACGAUGUGGUCGUUGUCCUUGUAGCUAACACGCCACCACCACGCGGAUUUGGCCUCGCCUCGUUCCGCUUGUCUCGUGUAUGAAGUAUUUAUUCUCAUCAUCCUUCAGCUUUAGCAUUAAACUGUAAACUAAAGAAACAAAACAGAGUGUAGAACUUCAGAGAGCACAUAAGGUUUAGGUAAACUCGAAGUUAAAUCACUCAGAUCUGCACCAUCACAUUAAAUGAUUCAAACCCAUGACCUUCGUAGGUCCUUCUUAAUACCAGACUCUGGAUGACCGCCUUUAAUGAGACCCUGUUUCAAAAAACAAGUCAGGUUUUUCACUUCUGUGAUGAGAUGUUAUGGCAUGGACUAGGGCUGGGCGUAGGCCUGGGCAAUUUGGCAAAGAAAAUGAUCACAAUAUAUUUUGUCAUAUCGUCCGAUCUUGAUUAUUGUCACGAUUUUUUUUAAACUGCCUGUUUUAAAGCAUCUGUACUAAAAACUAAAGACACUAGAGAUUAGUUCAACAUUUUAUUGACAUACAAAGUAAACAAAGCAAAUCAAAUAAGAUAUACUUUAACUCAACAGUAAAACAAAUGUAGAUAAAUACUAAAUAAUACAGUGAAUUAGUUUACAGGUAUGCAAGACCCAAAACUGCCCCUUUAGAGAUAAUGAAGAUGCCUUAAAAUGUAAACGUAGAUGAUAUGAUUGAUUGCUGAUUUGAUCUGGCAGCUGCACUGGUAGUUGUGGCUAAACUGCUAAUGCUACUAGUGUCAUCAGCAGUAACAGGCUGUACAGACUCUGCUCGCAUUUUCAUGCUUUCCGCAUAAUCACUCAGGAAGAACUUCUUUAAAUGAUUAAACAAAUCUGAUGUGUUGCUGGUUUUUGAGGGCACCGACCGCCGACAUACCUGACACAUCGGCUUAAUUGCCCGACGUCACUUUGGAGAUACCUGAACCACCACCACACAACUGACGUUGAAUAACUUCUCAACAAUAACAUCUUUGGAGGAUGACUUAAAGUCAUGGCUGACAUGUAUUUUGCUGCCCUCAGCUCUGCGUUUAGCUCCACAUUCGGUCAUUCUACUUCCCCUGAUUACUUCUACUUCUACUUCUACUAAGUGUGUCCUUCUUUGUUUAAAGAUUUUGUGUGAGAAACACCAGCCUGUCAACAACAGCAUCUGAUAUCUGUGGAUUGAUAUAUGCGAUAUGGUCCAAUUCAAUAUCUCAUUUAAAAAUAUAUCGAUAUAUUUCUUAUAUCGAUAUAUUUCUUAUAUCGAUAUAUCGCCCAGUCCUAGCAUGAACAUAUGGGGUGGAUUAGUAUAACAUUUUGAUUAAAUUAGUUUUACAGCCUUUUCCUAUCAAGAGUAGACCACAUUGGAUCUAGAAUCUAGAUACUUGACCUUUCUAAUCCAGACUGUAUUGUCCUAGUGAGGUUCCGUUUUCUUUAAAAUGCAGUGUCAUACAUGUUAGAAAAUGCUAGAGAGGGCUCUAGAUCGUACUGUUACUGUUUAACUAUUUUCCUGACACCAUGCUCUUUUUGUUUUCUCUUUAGGAAUCUUCUGGUCAACCUGGGUUUGUUUGCAGCUGGUGUUUGGGUUGCGAGAAAUCUCUCAGACUUUGACCUGAUGUCUCCUCAGCCUGUUACAUAGCCGUGUUAAAACACAUCACCACCUACCACUGGGAUGACGGUAAGCGCAUCAUUUCUUAAAUUCACUUUGAAGUGAUGCACCAGCCCAUCUUUUAUUUUGUGAUUAGGAUUCACUUGUUCCAACUGUUGACAUGUUGUUUUUGUCCUUUCAGGUGUUUUGGACCAACAAAGCAAAGCAAAGGACAUGAUUUAUGUGACUACUUACACCUUAAAAAGAAAUCAUGUUGUUUGACUUCUCUGUAAAAUAUCCUGUUUGACAUCAUUGUAAUCGGCCUCUAGAGAAAUAUUGAUAUUCAGUCAUCAUCUUUUUUCAUGUUUUGGUCAGCCAUAGAUUCUGAAAUAUCUUUGAUUUAAAUCCUAAAACCAAACGAAGGCUGCGAACCAGAUCUUUUUUGAGGAACUUUCAUCAUUUAAUGUGACUGCCAUGUCCACUCAGGAGCUCUUUGUUGCUGCAGCCCGUAAAUUCUUGUCUGCUGGUAGAAAAUCCCUGUCUGUGUCUCAGAGUCUGGACCUGGCUGCUCAGAUCUUGGCCGUAGAUUUGGGGUUGAAACCUGCUUUACUGUAUGACAGCAAUAGUGCAAGUGCAGACCAGCUGCAGCAGUAUUUGAGCUCUUUGCAGUCUUCCCAACUUCUGUCCAAAUCACUCAUCACACUGGAUUUAAAUGGAAACACUCUCAUUGUAAAUCCAGUUUCAGCCAGACUGAAUGUAGAGCAGCUGAUCUGUCACAGAAAUGUGUCUGUGAUUGACGUAUGCCACUCUCUGGAGAAGCCCACCAUCGCUGACCCCUGCGGAGCAGAGCUGAGGAGUUUGACAGAGGGUUUGCAUCUUCUCCUCAAAGAGAUCGAAACCCUGAAAGAGGCUGAAAAACCUCAUUAUGUCGGAGAAAGAUCAGAGGAAUGGAACCUCUGCACGGUGUUUGGUCUUUUAUUGGGAUACCCCAUCACAUACUGGUUUGACCAGGCCAGAAGCUUCGAAAACUGUCUGUCUAUGACUCCCCUGACGGUGACUUCAGCAUCAGCAACAUGGCAGGCGGGUACAUUGGAUCACAGAUGUUGUCUAUACUCCUUCAGCGUUCCCACUAAUCUGUUAGAAGAAUUGCAGUCAGAACUGGAAAACUGGAGGCUUUGUUUACAGGAGAAGUUUCAGCAGCAAAAUGUCCUGAAGGCUCUCACUGUUUGUCAGUCCACAGUCACUCUGCCCUCAGUCUGUUUGUGA